CGACCGGAGGAAGACCACCAAGCUUUUUCUAUUUUUCAUCGCCCUGUUGCUACCUCCUCGUCUCAUCUAUUUCUCGAUCGGGAGGAACAAAGAGGAGGAUAACAGGGCUCGUGAAGAUUCCCGCUGCCGUUUCGUGAGCCGAGCUGCACUGUGCGCUGCGUUUGAUCUGAGCAGGCAGCAGCAGCAGCAGUGAGAUAGAAAGAGACAGAGAGCGACGCACCGCGUGAACUAGCCAGCAUGCACAAACAUCACCACUGCUGCAAGUGCCCAGAAUGCUAUGAAGUGACCCGCAUGGCCGCCCUGCGCAGGAUGGAUGCCCCGGCAUAUGGAGAGUGGCAGCCCGAACCCUACGGAUACCCGGCUGGCUAUGGAGGCGGCCAGACCUUACCGCCCCAAACCUCGGGCGGAGGAGGGGGAAUGGGUGGAGGGGGUACAUUGGGAAGAAGUAAAGGGAAAAUGAUGUCAGCUGGGGGUCCUGGAGGCCCCAACCCCAAGAGCCAAUCCAAGGGCGGCCCCAAGGUGAACGGUAACAACUCAGGAGGGCAAGGAGGAUGGUGGCCCGAAUGCACCUGUUCCAACCGGGAGUGGUACGACCAGGCAAACCCUCCCCCCAUCAUUGUGAACGCAGACUCACUGGAUGCAGGCCCUUAUGUGAAUGGGAGUGAUGGCAUGUAUAAAUAUGAAGAAAUCAUUUUGGAAAGGGGCAACUCUGGCCUCGGGUUCAGUAUCGCUGGAGGUGUGGAUAAUCCACACAUUCCUGAUGAUCCAGGAAUCUUCAUCACCAAGAUUAUCCCAGGUGGUGCCGCCGCCAUGGAUGGGAGACUAGGGGUAAAUGACUGUGUUCUGCGGGUGAAUGAUGUGGACGUGUCAGAGGUUGUGCACAGCAAGGCAGUAGAGGCUUUGAAGGAGGCCGGCCCAGUGGUCAGGUUGCUGGUACGCAGAAGACAGGCUCCUCCUGAGACCAUUUUGGAGGUCAACCUACUCAAAGGACCUAAAGGUCUGGGCUUCAGUAUUGCUGGUGGUAUAGGCAACCAGCACAUCCCGGGCGACAACAGUAUCUACAUCACAAAGAUCAUCGAAGGUGGAGCCGCACAGAAAGAUGGACGUCUGCAGACAGGAGAUCGCCUACUGGCUGUGAAUAACAUCAUACUUCAGGAUGUGCGUCAUGAGGAGGCUGUGGCCGCCCUGAAGAACACUUCAGACAUGGUCUAUCUGAAAGUGGCCAAGCCGGGGCCAGUACAUCUCAACGAUAUGUACGCCCCACCAGACUACUCCAGCACCUUCCCCACCAUGGUGGACAACCACGUCGGACACAACUCCAGCAUGGCCUACAUGGGAGGCAUGGAGCCUAAACCAGUGUACCCACCACCCCAGGUCACCCCCUCGAGGUACUCCCCAGUCCCACGCCACAUGAUGGGGGAGGAGGACUUCACCAGGGCCGAGCCCAUUUACAGUGCCAUCCACAAACCUCAUGGGGACACCAGCCCUCCCUCCCCACAUCUGUGCAGCAGGGGGUCUGGGGAUGUGGGUUGCAGCCCCACCCCACCUGCUCUGUGUCAAAGCCUGGUCCCAUACACCGGCAGAGAGCCGCGGAAGAUCCUGCUGCACAAGGGUUCCACUGGUUUGGGAUUCAACAUUGUGGGCGGCGAGGAUGGAGAGGGCAUCUUCGUGUCUUUCAUCUUGGCAGGGGGUCCAGCUGACCUGAGCGGAGAGCUGAGGAGAGGAGACCGCAUCCUGUCGGUGAAUGGUGUAAACCUGCGCAAUGCUACCCAUGAGCAGGCUGCUGCUGCACUGAAGAGGGCUGGACAGACGGUGACCAUCAUUGCCCAGUACAGACCAGAAGAAUACAGUCGUUUUGAGUCCAAGAUCCACGACUUGAGGGAGCAGAUGAUGAACAGCAGCAUGAGCUCUGGCUCUGGCUCCCUCCGCACCAGUGAGAAACGCUCCCUUUACGUCAGGGCUCUUUUUGACUAUGACAGGACAAGGGACAGUUGCCUCCCUAGCCAGGGCCUAAGUUUCUCCUAUGGGGACAUUCUACAUGUCAUCAAUGCCUCCGAUGAUGAGUGGUGGCAGGCACGGCUGGUUACACCCCAUGGGGAGAGUGAGCAAAUUGGGGUCAUUCCAAGCAAGAAAAGGGUGGAAAAGAAAGAGCGUGCACGGUUAAAAACGGUCAAGUUCCACGCAAGGACGGGCAUGAUUGAGUCCAACAGGGAGAUGUUUGGCAGAAUGAACGACACAAGGCCAGUCAAAGUGAAGCGCAAAAAAAGCUUCAACCUAUCACGCAAGUUCCCGUUUUACAAGAGCAAGGAGAAUAUAGCACACGAUUUGGAGACUGAACAAUGCUUGACGUCCAACACCAGUGACAGUGAAAGCAGCUCCAAGGGUCAGGAAGACACAAUUCUAUCAUAUGAGCCAGUUAUUCGACAGGAGAUCCAUUACACAAGGCCUGUGAUUAUCCUGGGUCCAAUGAAGGACAGAGUAAAUGAUGACUUGAUCUCGGAGUUCCCCCACAAGUUUGGAUCCUGCGUCCCACAUACAACUCGUCCUCAACGAGAGAAUGAGAUGGACGGUCAGGACUACCACUUUGUGGCUUCAAGGGAGCAAAUGGAGAAGGACAUUCAGGACAACAAAUUUAUCGAGGCCGGCCAGUUCAAUGAGAAUCUGUAUGGAACCAGCAUCCUGUCUGUCCGGGCAGUGGCUGAAAGGGGAAAACACUGUAUCCUGGAUGUGUCUGGGAACGCCAUAAAGCGACUGCAGCAAGCACAGCUCUAUCCAAUCGCCAUUUUCAUCAAGCCAAAAUCUGUGGAGGCCCUAAUGGAAAUGAAUAAGAGGCAGACAUAUGAGCAAGCCAACAAAGUCUUUGAUAAGGCAAUGAAGCUCGAACAAGAGUUUGGAGAGUAUUUCACAGCCAUAGUCCAGGGUGACUCACUAGAUGAGAUCUAUAAUAAAAUCAAGCUGAUCAUAGAGGAGCAGUCAGGCCCUUACAUCUGGAUCCCGUCCGCAGAGAAGCUCUGAGCUCGCCGCCUCCACGGAGCCCCCCACCUGACCACCGUCACCUUUCUUUCCCUUUCACUGAUAUGUUUCAAAUCAAGUUUUAGUGUCAUCAUUAUGUUACCCUCAAUUGAAAGACGUCUUAUCACCAUUACUGUGACUGUGCACACCCCUGCAUGAGUUUCUCAGCAAUUCCAUUCAAGAUUGGAAAUGCCAUUCCUAAAGAAAUUUUUUGUCAUGUAAAACAUAAAAGGGAAACCUUUCGUGCGUUUCGGAUGGACUUGAAGAUGAGAAUGUCUCAACGAAGCGAGAAUGGGGAGCCGGGGAUUUGGAGAUGGUGGCACGAGCAGGAACCUUGUAUACGUUCAUUCAAUUUCAUGGAAAAAGACGUUCGAGGAUGCUGUGUGAGGUUUUUUUAUGAGGACUAGAUACAGAUCAAACCUGCUGAAGGUACCAUCACUGCUCGUGUUUCUAACGGAUAAACUUCAAAACAGAACUCACAAACCAGCUCGCUUUACUCGGUCGGCUGCCUGGCCGUUUGUAUGGCGAUGCGUUCAGAGGCAGAACAAAAUGGAAAACGGGAUUUGAGUCUAUUCCUUUCUAUAACUGAAAUCACAUGGAAAAUAAAAACCCUACGGAUAGAUUUUACUACAUGAUACGGUACACAUUUUACACUUCACUAGAAUUGUCUACUCUGAGGGCUGUUAAGAUUUCAUUUACUUGUCUUUGGGUUUUUGUGUUCUUUCUUUCUUGUGGUUUUGGCUGCUCUGUAUUAAAGAUGGGGGUAGAGAGGUGUAACUGGGCUCUCUGCAGACCACCAAACUGCCUUAUGAUGAAUAAACGCUUCUGUCAAAUUCUUGUCAAUCGUGGGGGGGGAGGGGGGAACGACACAAUAUUUAACCUAUCAGUGCUUAAGAGGGAGACUCGAUUUUACUGCUGUUUGUGAGUUUCCCUAUCCUAUUGGAGGCCUAACUUGUGAGUGCAAUAGACUUAAGUGUCUUACCUCUGUAAAAUCCUUUUUUUUGCAAAGCUUUUUUGUCUUAAGCAAAAUCCAAUUUCGGCCGCCAUUGGAGUUGUUAAAAAGCAGACAGCCCACUUGCACUUCCUCUACCUCCCAUGACUAUAUUCUCUUCAGACUGAACGGUAACAAGGUACUGUCCUGUUAGCUGCCCAGGAGAGCAGCCUUAAAACGGGUAGAAUCAAGACAAUAAUUGUAUUGGAUGUCCUUGAUAUUAAAGCGUUAGUGGAGUCUGAAAUUGACCGUUUACCCCAGAACUCGAAGAUGGUUUGAUUAAAUCUGUUCUUUGUAAUGAAAGCUUUUAAACGAUAUUUUUUUUCUUCUGCUCCUUCAUUUCCGGGCUGAUGUUUACUCCACUGUGUUGAGCCUUGUGCCAGGACGAGCUUGGUGAGCUCAGGAAUCUGAUGGAUAAUUACUACAAUAUUUUUUUUUUUACACUACUAAAGGGCCGCGAUCGUAUUGUGAUGGAAUAGAGAGUAUGAACUCAAAGGGAUGAUUUUCUCUCCUCUUAACUGAACACCCAGACACGCUGAUAUAUUAUACCUGUGUAUUCUAAAUAUUUAGUCCUCUUUUUUUUUGUUUUUUUAAACACUUUGUAAGCACUAUGUCUGUGGUCGCCCUUGGGCUCAGCUGGAGGGAAUGGGAUUGUGACAUAACAGGAUACAGAAGUUCAGUACUUCCUUCGAUCUUUCUUUCUGUAUCAAGAAGUCUGGAAUAUUCUUGGGCCCACUCUCUUCCCCCCGCCCCACCCCGCAGGCAUUUUCUAAACUGGUGCGCUCACCUACCAAGCAUCUCUGCGAAAUCAGCUGUCAUACCUGUGUCAAAACCAGAGUUCAGGGAAUAAUCGAAGGGAACAGAGCCAUUUAUAAACUGCUUACAGACUGUUUUAAUGGGUAUGAUAGCUGUAAAGUGUAAAUAUCCCCCUCACCUGUGCUUCAUGCAUGUGUGAUACAACUGGGACAAACAUGUUUUAUAAAUCACAAAUGUCAGGUAAGUAAACUUUGAAUUUAUUCUCAGAUUAAUUUCCAUACAAAUGUGCCGUAACGUUGGUAUUUCUCUAUAGAAAAAAAUAUCUUCAGCUGCCUAUCAGAACAUUUUUUAGUGAGUCGGGAACCAGCUUCCUUACAAUACGGCCUGUCUACUUGUGAAUCUUGUGGAACUUGUCUGAGUGUAUAGAUGAAAAACAAAUGUAAAAAUAUAUAUAAAUAUAAAUCUAUAAAAAGACGUGUGGACAGUAACCCAUAGAUUGAUAUUAAAGUAAACCAGGAGCUUAAAUAACACAUUUUAGCAUAGAUCUGGUCCACUGAGGUGACGAGCGGAAAAGCAGCUGACCGCUCGCACUGUUGAUGCCGGUCAGCCGUGUUGGUGAAGCCCAAAGAAUUUUGAUUUAUUGUACUAUAUUUCUAAUGAAGUGGAUUGAAUCCGAACAGCUCUGGUGUACUAAUGAGUGUCUCUGCUGCAGAAGGCACGAGCUUGAAAUGGGGAGGGAAUUGGUCCGAUUUGUCUUUUUGAGUGAUUAUGAGUUUUUGAUGUGACAGCACACCUGUGCAGUAAGUGCUUGCAAAUAUGAACCCUUUGAUUGUACAGUAGUGUCCUCCCCAUGAUUACAGGUGGAACAACCCAUCGGGACACAAGGAAAAUUGCUCUUUUAUAUCCUGGUCAAGAAGGAACACAGUCCUACCGAUUAUUAUUCUUUUUGUUUGGUUUUGUUCUUUUUUUGGACUGGACAAGAGUUUAUUUGUUUGGAAAUAAACUAUGUGACUCUGUUACGAUUUCAA